CUCCAACUCUGGCGAUGAGAGACAGAAAUGGAAGAAGAAGAAAAGCAAAAGCAGGGACCAGCACCAUAAAAGCCAGAAGAAACACCGCUCGCGGUCCCGGGGUCGCUCCUCUGGCUCGAGCUCCGAGCGUGAACGAGACAAGAGAAGAGCCCGGAGCAGAGAGCGGCGGAGGAAGAGAGAUGGCUCCAAGGCCUCUGUGUCCUCCGUCAGCUCUCCCUCCCCGCCGCGCUCCCGGGGCAGGGAGGAGACGGGGCAGCAGCUGAGCCUCCAGGAGCGCUUGAGGCUGAAGGAGGAGAAGAAGAAGCAGGCUGCGCUCAUGAAAGCCUUGGAGACGCCCGAGGAGAAACGGGCUCGCCGGCUGGCCAAGAAGGAGGCCAAGGAGAGAAAGAAGCGGGAGAAGAUGGGGUGGGGAGAGGAGUACAUGGGUUACACCAACACCGACAAUCCCUUUGGGGACAACAACCUGCUGGGCACCUUCAUCUGGAGCAAGGCACUGGAAAAGAAAGGGAUCAGCCACCUGGAUGAGAAGGACCUGAAGGAGAGGAACAAGCGAAUCCAGGAGGACAAUCGCCUGGAGCUGCAGAAGGUGAAGCAGCUGCGCCUGGAGCGGGAGCGGGAGAAGGCGAUGCGUGAGCAGGAGCUGGAGAUGCUGCAGCGGGAGAAAGAGGCAGAGCACUUCAAAACCUGGGAGGAGCAGGAGGACAACUUCCACCUGCAGCAGGCCAAGCUGCGCUCUAAGAUCCGGAUUCGGGAUGGGAGGGCGAAACCUAUUGACCUUCUGGCCAAGUACAUCAGCGCGGAGGACGACGACCUGGCUGUGGAGAUGCACGAGCCCUACACCUUCCUGAACGGCCUGACUGUCUCCGACAUGGAGGAUCUGGUGGAGGACAUCCAGGUUUACAUGGAGCUGGAGCAAGGGAAGAACGUGGACUUUUGGAGGGACAUGACCAUCAUCACAGAGGAUGAGAUAGCCAAGCUCCGCAAACUGGAGGCCUCUGGGAAAGGAGGACCCGGGGAGCGUCGGGAUGGCGUCAAUGCCUCUGUCAGCUCAGACGUGCAGUCCGUGUUCAAGGGGAAGACGUACAACCAGCUGCAAGUGCUGUACCAGGGCAUCGAGAGCAAGAUCCGGGCAGGAGGACCCAACCUUGACAUUGGCUACUGGGAGAGCCUGCUGCAGCAGCUGAAGGCUUACAUGGCUCGGGCCAGGCUGAGGGAGCGGCACCAGGAUGUGCUGCGCCAGAAACUGUACAAGUUGAAGCAGGAGCAGGGUGUGGAGAGCGAACCGCUUUUCCCCAUCAUCAAGCGGGAGCCAGCCUCCCCCAGCGACAGGCUGGACCCAGAGGAGAACAUUGUGGUACAGCCGGGGCCGUCCUCGGAGCCAGAGGCCGAGCAGGACACA